GAACACGUCAACUUGACCGCGCCAACAACAAGAAGCAACAGCGCACCAUGUUUGGUCGAGGUCGUGGCCGGCGCUCGAAGAACCCGGGCGAUUGGAUUUGCCCAAACCAUGAAUGUGGAAACCUUAACUUUGCUCGUCGCUUGAAGUGCAACCGCUGUGGCACGAACAAGCCCGCUGGUGCAACCGCGCCAGCCGGGGAAAUUGGCGAAGACUUUGCCCGCAAGACCAAUGGCCUGCACAGCAAGAACGACUGGCAAUGCUCCAUGUGUGCCAACAUCAACUGGUCAUGGCGUGCGGAGUGCAACUUGUGCAACGCACCGCGUGACAAGCCAGUCGAGCGACGUGAAGGGCGUGGCGGAGGCUUUAAGGAAAACGACAACGUCGAGUACAACCGUUACGAUUCUGACGGGGAGAUGUACGAUGAGUUUGGGCGAAAGAAGAAGAAGUUCCGCAAGAAGGACGCGCUCAGCCUUGUGCAGACCGAACCAGUGGUUCCCGCGGUGGUUGACGAUGAUGAUGAUGAUGGUGAUGAUGACGAUGAUGAUGAUGACGGUGACGCGAGCAAGUAUGACCUUGCCAUGGACGAUGACGAUGACGACGAGGAUGUGGACGACAGCAAGUACGACCUGACCGACCUGGUUGAUGAGGUGCCUGCAAAGUCGACGGAGGCUGCAGCCGGCGACAAGAAGGACGAGGAGGAGGACGGAGAAGCUGACGCAUCCAAGUACGACCUCGGCCCCAUGGAUGUAUCGGCUGCAGCGCCACCAGCACCGAUCGACAAACCGCUGCUCUCCCGGCGCACCCGCUCUCCAUCCCCUUCACACACACGCACACGCACGCGCUCCCGCUCUCGUUCUCGUUCUCGGUCGCAGUCGCGCGAUCGCUCCCGUGGUCGUCGUGAGCACAGCAGGAGCCGGAGCAAGAGUGUUGACCGCCACCACCUAAGCCGCCGCCGCGACACUCGCCACGGCGACGAUAAUGAUGAUGAUCGUGACGAUGCGCGCGUGGCGGCACGACGCGGGUCUGGCAGCAGCCACCGCUCACGCCACCGCAGCCCAAGCCGAAGCAGGAGCAGGAGCAGGAGCAGGAGCAGGAGCAGGGGUUCGCACCGGUACAGCCGUGACCGCCGCCGUCGCCGCGACACACGCAGCAGAAGCCGCUCCCCUGACCGCGACCGUGAUCGUGACCGUGACCGUGACCGCGACCGUGAUCGUGAUCGUCGUGGGAGCAACAGGGACCGGUCGCCUGUCAGUCGCCGCCGAUACACACGCAGCAGGAGCCGUGACCGUGACCGUGACCGUGAUCGUGAUCGUGAUCGUGAUUUGAGGAAAUACAGCAGGGACAGCAGGAGCAGGAGCCGUGAUCGCCGUUCGUACCGCCGUAGCCGCAGCCGCAGCCCUGGCUACAGGCGUAGAUGAUGUUUGUGACGGUGAUGAUGGCGCCAGCCUUCCGUUUGCUGUGUCGUGUUGUUCUUGUCAGUCUGGAGUCUCUCCAAGUGCACGUGUUGGCCUAUCUGCACCGUGAGUAGAUGUUUGCCUCAUGGCCUGACUGCCCCAAUGUUGUGGCUGUGCUGUUGUUCCCAAGUCUGCCCCACAAAUAGACCGACACUGCUUUCUUCGUCAAGUUCGCAAGCCCAGCGUCA